AUGGGUUCAAGUAAGCUUAAACGAGCCAUAGGAGCCGUGAAGGACCAAACCAGCGUGGGUCUAGCCAAAGUCAACGGUCGCAGCGCUUCUUUAUCAGAGCUUGACGUAGCCAUCGUCAAAGCGACUCGUCACGAAGAGUAUCCAGCGGAAGAGAAAUAUAUCAGAGAGAUUCUUAGCCUAACUUCUUACUCACGCAGUUACAUCAACGCAUGCGUCAACACGCUUUCUAGACGUCUUAACAAAACCAAAUGCUGGACCGUCGCUCUCAAAACCUUGAUCUUGAUCCAACGUCUCUUAGCAGAAGGAGACAAAGCCUACGAGCAAGAGAUCUUCUUCGCUACUCGCCGUGGGACAAGACUUCUCAACAUGUCUGACUUUAGAGAUGUUUCUAGGUCAAACUCGUGGGAUUACUCUGCUUUUGUGAGGACUUACGCCUUGUACCUAGACGAAAGGCUUGAUUACAGGAUGCAAACGAGACAUGGGAAACGUGGAGUUUACUGCGUUGGAGGAGGAGAUGCCGUGGAAGAGAAGCAAGAGGCUGAUCUCUCCACGGCUAUAGUGGUUAGGUCACAACCCAUCGCCGAGAUGAAAACAGAGCAGAUUUUCACAAGAAUACAACAUUUGCAGCAACUUCUCGACCGUUUUUUGGCUUGUCGUCCAACAGGGAGCGCGAGGAACAACAGAGUUGUGAUUGUGGCUCUGUAUCCGAUAGCGAAGGAGAGUUUUAAGAUAUAUUACGAUGUAACUGAGAUAAUGGGUGUUUUGAUCGAACGAUUCAUGGAGUUAGACAUUCCUGACUCGAUCAAGGUCUAUGACAUUUUCUGUCGUGUCUCGAAACAGUUUGAAGAGUUAGACCAGUUCUAUUCUUGGUGUAAGAACAUGGGGAUUGCUAGGUCUUCAGAGUAUCCAGAGAUAGAGAAGAUCACACAGAAGAAGCUUGAACUCAUGGAUGAGUUUAUAAGAGACAAGUCCUCUUUAACACAGACCAAGCAAUCAAACUCUGUUAAAUCAGAUGAUGAUGAUGAUGCGAAAACAGAGGAAGAGCAAGAAGACAUGAAUGCGAUCAAGGCCUUACCUGAACCACCACCAAAAGAAGAAAAGCCUGUAGAGGAAGAAGCAAAGGAAGAAGAAGUGAAAAGAGAGGAAAAGAAAGAAGAAGAAGUUGGUGAUUUGCUGGAUCUUGUGGAUAUACACGGCGAUGUCGUAGCUGGUGCAGAAGCUGGAGAUAGCUUAGCAUUGGCUUUAUUUGACGGCCCUUACGCGAGUGGUUCCGGUUCAGCGUCAGGUCCUGGUUGGGAAGCGUUUGACGAUGAUUCAGCGGAUUGGGAGACAGCUUUGGUGCAAUCAGCUACAAACUUAUCUGGACAGAAGACGGAACUCGGAGGAGGCUUUGAUAUGUUGCUGCUUAACGGAAUGUAUCAGCACGGUACUGUGAACGCCGCGGUUCAAACCUCUACGGCUUAUGGAGCCAGUGGAAGUGCAAGCAGUAUGGCAUUUGGUUCUGCAGGAAGACCAUCAGCAACGAUGCUGGCACUUCCGGCACCAGCAACGGCUAAUGGAAGCAGUGGUAGCCCGGUUCCGAUGGAUCCAUUUGCAGCGUCGUUGGUGGUUGCACCGCCACAUUAUGUGCAGAUGAAUGAUAUGGAGACGAAACAGAGAAUGUUGAUGGAAGAACAGGUGAUGUGGGAUCAAUACUCAAGAGGAGAAUCUCAUAUCGAACAAGGACAAGAAGAAAGGCAGACCAAACUCGAGGUUGCUCCUGCAUUGAUAUCCCUUCAUCCAUUUCAGAAGUCUGUCGCUGUCACUGUCGGGUCGGAUCUUCGUGUAUUCGAUCUUAUAAAGAAUCGUGCAGUUAGUUUGGUGGAUGAAUCUGAUGGACCUUCUCAUAAGGAUUCAAUUAGAGCUAUUCGAUAUGGUGCAAAUGGGAAACUCUUUGCAUCUGCAGGCGAUGACAAGCUCGUUAAGAUUUGGUCUGCUGAAUCUUGGCAGUGCCUUACCACCAUAUGUUCUGAAAAGAGAGUUACCGCGGUUGCUAUAAGCAGCGAUGAUUCAUAUGUUUGCUAUGCGGACAAGUUUGGUGUUGUGUGGGUGGUUGAGCUGGAUGGGAUCAAUGAGGCUAAAGUUUUACCUAACAAGAAGAAGGGUGUGCAGCUGCUUUGCCAUUAUUGUAGUAUUAUUACUAGCUUGGAGUUUUCCCCAGAUGGUCGAUAUAUUCUUAGUGCAGAUAGGGACUUUAAGAUAAGGGUGACUGUUUUUCCUAAGAAGCCUCUACAAGGAGCUCAUGAAAUACAGAGCUUUUGUCUUGGACAUUCAGAGUUCGUCACCUGCAUAACCUUUGUUCAUAAUCCAGAGCUUACUCAAGGAUACCUCAUGUCUGGAAGUGGUGAUUCCAGUGUUCGACUGUGGGACAUUACAUCUGGAUCUCUUCUGGACACAUGUGACGUUAGUCCAACGGUGAACCAUUUAGAGUCUAAUGAAAGUGAGCCAGCGCAAGUCACAGUUACCGAUAUAUGCGCACUCCCAAAUUCUUCUGUUGCAGCAGUUGCUAUUCAAAGCUUUCAAGGAGUAGCAUUGCUAAACUGUGAUUUAUCAGCCCAUACUCUCUCCAUCACAAAGGUGAUUAAAAUCCCUGGAGAAAGUUUCAUCCCAACAAGUAUCUCUUUCUGCACAUCGACAAGGUUACUAUGGAUGGUAUCAGGAGCCUCAAAUGCUUCGAACCAUCCUGGUUAUACAAGGGUUCGUCUCAUCUCGUGCAUUGAGAAUGAACUAUCUUCAAUCCUUGAAGAUGAGCAGAUUCCUGGAGGGACAAAACUGUUGGAGCAUUUGCAAGGUAAAGUUUCAAUAGAAGAGAGUGUGAUGAGUGCUGCAGCAGAAGCUGUGAGGGCAUCAAUGUGCAGCCUGUUGAUGAAGAAGCAAUACACUGAAGAGAAUAGAGAGUUCAGGAAAAACAACAGAAAUGAUAAGAAAACCACACAGUGAUUGUAGUGUGCUAAACUGUUUUCUGGCGUAUCAUUAAUGUUAUUUUGUGACUUUAUAUCAUUGUACAACGAGAGAGAGAGAGAGUUGAUAAUUGAAUAUUUUUGGAUAAAGAUAAUCAUACACAAUCUGGACCAAUGGGAUUACAAGUUUUGAUUCCCUCUCUUUUUCUUACCAAAUAACUAGCGUAAGUUGUUU